AUGUCGUCUAAGGUGUUACUAGUGUUUUGCGAUGGAACUGGGAUGGACGGGAACCUCGCAGGUAAACAUUGUACCGAUGUUCCACAGUUUAGCUUGUAUGCUGACCGAUUCUUGCUUAUUCCAGAGGGUGAUGUCGGCUCGGGAAUACGACAUGUGAGUAACGUUCUGCGCCUCUCGCGCGCAGUCAAACAGUUUACUAGCGAUGGCCGCAACCAAGUUGUUUUCUACCAAAGUGGUGUUGGAAGCGAGACCGACUUUCAAGGGAAUCCCGUGCUGGGAAGGAUGGGGGCACUAAUGCAGCAGUAUACUAAUCGUACUCUGCGGUGCUCAGCGAGCAAAAUAGGGGAUGUCUAUGCGUUCAUAGCACAGAACUUUGAGCCCAAAGACGAUAUAUGCAUUUUUGGAGUAGCAUAUACCGCACGAGUGGUAGCAGACCUGAUCGAUCAGAUUGGACUCCUAUGUCUCGAGAACCUCGGUCACUUUUUCAGCAUCUGGCGGCAGCUUUUGGAUGGAAAAGAACCCACUAUUCCUGAAGGGACCCGCUGGACUCCGAUCAAAUGUGUCGGAGUCUGGGAUACCAUCUGUUCUGUCCCAAAAGACCGCAAUGCUGCCCGCUCCAGGAAUACGGAUUUGCCGGCAUCAGUCGAUAUCGCGCUUCACGCACUAUCUCUGCACGAGAAUCGAGACAAAUUUCGUCCAAAACUGUGGACAGUCCCGAAACACGGUCUUGCACCUCGAGGGAUGGAUGGCAAGCAGGUGUGGUUCCCAGGCGCUCACUCCGAUGUCGGCGGGGGAUACGAACGUCACGAGCUUGCCGACAUUUCUCUGUUCUGGAUGGCUGGAGAAGUCUGCGAUUUUAUCAAUCUGGAUCUUGAAUUUAUUCAGCGAAGUGCUCAACGUAGUCCUGAACCUUGGGGGAAGUCCCAACCGCACAACGCGUGGAAGGAGGCCCCUUGGCACUUUAAGCGUUUCAUUCAUUCCGAAACGCGUCUCCAGAGCCACGAUAUCAAGCAGGAUGCCCUGUUUCAUAGCAGUGUUCUCGUUUCGCCGACCACCGUUCGGAAAGCACAAAACAUGAUUACUUCAAAAACAUUGAGGAAGCGCUUCGGCGAAAGGUGGAAACCGCGUAUCGUGGAAUUGAAUAGUUUCGAAAAACGUUGUAAGACAGACUGGGAGGAACCACCGGUCAGUGCCUUCGUUUGGUCCCGAGUGCUGGCAUACAUGCAUAUAUGCUGA